UACAACAGAUUGUUUACGUCCGUACGCCACACAGUAUUGUUUCUGUGAACAAAUUUGCUAAUGUUGGUUCAAGAAUCUUAGUUUUAUUUCUAUACAAUUUACCGGCUAGAAAUUCUGUAUUACGGUAUAUUGCAAGUGCCUUGAUUUUGCAUUUAACUGGAACGUGUUAUUACCAGGAAUGCGUCACUAUAUUUCGUGCGGUUCUUUGCCGUGGAACAUAGUGCAUCCAAUACUAUACAAAACAACCGACUAUAUUAUGUGGCCAGCGAAAUGAACGUUGCUCAACGAAGCAAAAAUGCCAAUUUCCUACGAACGAGCUGCACCGAUAACUGGUCGGUCCCGUUCUGCAACUGCGAGUAUCCCAAUGAAACCCGAUGGAAACAUUCGACGAAGAAAAUGCUGCCGUGCAGCUGCGGAGAAGAUACAUCGAGAAGGCUAGAUUGGAUAUGGGAUAAAGCAUUAACAUUCGAAACGGUGGUAUCUGGUGCGGAAGUGAUUUUUCACCCAGUGUACAGCCAAGGAACUACCAUCGUCCGUGGUAAUGAACCAUUAUACCGAGGGCGACACCAUUACUGGGAGCUGAAAAUUCUUUCACCCCUAUCCGGGACAGACAUCAUGUUUGGCAUUGGCACUGAUAAGGUGGAUUUACUUCGGCAUCAGUUUUCAUUCACCAGUGUGCUAGGGAUCGACGACCAAUCGUGGGGCUAUUCCUAUCGCGGGUUGGCACAGCACAAUGGCCAACUGAAGUAUUAUGGAAAGAAGUUCAGCCGUGGCCGCAUCAUUGGUAUCUACGUGGACAUGUUUCGUGGUACAUUGGAAUAUUUUCUUAACCGACGUUCGCUUGGCAGAGCGUAUUCGGGCAUUCCGAGAGAAGACGGAGUAGAAAUAUAUCCGAUGGUUUCAUCUACGUCCGCCAAAUCGUCCGUUAAGCUUAUAAAUGCUGCCUCUUUCGAAGAUAAUCUGAGGUUUAAUUGCAUGAAGGUGAUUUGUAAAUACCCAAAGCUCCUCGCACAGGUAAAUGCUAUACCAGGGCUGAAGAAGAUCGCACAAGAGCUAUGGUUCUUGCAAUUUAAAGAGCCUAACCGGACAGAGGACUUCGCACUUAACAAUUUACAUCUGGCCGACGAAGCGGUACUGUGUGGUAAAAAGCUGAAACUCUUCAACUCAACCGAUUCGGCCGAUGGUAACGAUUCCAAAGGACAGGAAAUCAAUUCGGAAUCGCAAAUCUACGAUAGCCUAAUGAAGCGCGAGGAUCUCAACGAAGAAACCACGAGAUCAUCAAAAUCACACAACCACCGCUUCAUUUCUACUGAGUCUAAUAGUGAGGAUGAUGAGCUGGCUGUGAUUAUUUAGAUAAAUACUAUUUUUACUGCCAGUAUACUGGUAACCAGUAUACUGCGGCCGUGUGUACUGAACCAGUGCCAUCCAUUUCAAUCAUUUUACCACUACAGUUGUUACCAUCGUAAGGAUAAUCAUAAAUUAACCCAAAAUUGGGAUCAAAAUGUUGCUGACGAAGUAAGUAAUUUUUUUUUUAUGUUAGCUAUGUUCAUUUUUUCCUACUUGUGGAUUUUCCUCGAAGUCAUAACCUUUUUUACAUCUAAACCUAAGUACUUCAUGAUAUACGGCUAGUGUAUGAUACGUAUCUUAAGUUGGCCUUAAGUAAAAAUGGCUCGUUAUCUUAAGUUUCGUCUAGCAUUUAUUUUGCAGAUGUAUCGUGUACUUCCGUAUGAAUUAAUAAAGACUUUGAUUUUCACGAUUGAUAAACCUUAACAUAUAA